GCAUGUGGAGAACAAAUGCACAACAUUAAUGACUGCGGUUCUAGGAACGUUUGGCGUAGUGGAUGGGUUUUUCUGCACUGGUUAUCUGUUGAAUGGACUUUCGAAAUCUGUACCCACUUUUUUUCCAGCAGAGAUGCUGCUUUGCUGUACUUUAUUUUUCCACGGAUUUAACAGCUGAUGCGCAUUUAUAAAUUGUAAAUGUGUCAUUCAUCGGUUUCAUUUUUUAAACCGUGAAAACAUGGACUAUUCUAAUGUUUUGAACUGGAAUUGAGCCUUCGAACUCCAUGACCGUAUAGUUGAAAGGGUAAUGGCCUGAUGCUGCACACAUUUCCUGCCAGUAUUACCCCAGCCCAACUAACUGUUGGAAUCAUCAGAGUACCUGUUGGUGAGGGACCCCCAGUAGGUCCAGGAUGCCAGGAUGCCCAUCACUCAGGACAACUCCCUCAGCAUCCUUCCACUGCUGGAGGACUGGCAUGGGGCUCAGAACACAAGACCACAGCAGGACCACAAUCUGAAUCAGGACAGUUCUGACUAUAAGCAUGUGGAUCAAGACUCCUACCAGAAUGAGGAAGGGAGUAGUGUGUGCAGUAGCAACAGUGUCAACAGUGUUAAUGUGGAGGACAUGUCGCUGUGUCUGGCUGCCAUCCAGAAGUUGGUGGAGUACAUUAAGCUCAAUUUUAUUGAGGGUGACCCAGCUCCAUCAGCCAGCCCAUCCUCCGGCAGGGAGGGUUUAGAUGUCGAGGUUCAUGCUGUUUUCCUCAGUAAAAAUGCGGGAGACAGCGCAGAGUUUGGCCUCAGCUUUGGGAACAUCCCUAUUUUUGGGGACCCUGACGGGAGAAAGAAGGGAGGCCCAAGGAGGAGGAGAGACCAGGGCCCCAUCAUGGAUGUGGGCUGCAUCUGGGUGACAGAGGUGAGGAAGAGGAGUCCAGCAGCCCGCUGUAGGGGGAUCAAACUGAGAGACGAACUGCUUUCACUGAACGGGCAGCUGAUGGUGGGAGUAGAUGUCAGUGGAGCCAGUUACCUAGCUGACCAGUGCUGGAAUGGAGGCUUUAUCUACAUGAUCAUGCUACGACGGGUCAAGCGAAAGGCUCCUCUCCCUCCCUGUGAUGUAAAUGGCAGUGUCAGUACCCCUAUCAGCAAUGAUAGCUGCGAAGACCGGCAGCAGGGCAGAGCUGCCUCUGAGCCCUCUGAAGGCUUGGUCAACUGCAAACGCACGCGCAAGUUUGGUGUCAUAUCACGCUCGUCCUUUAACCGAGACAACAGGGGCAAUACGGUCUCAGACCUUCAGAGCUGUCUUCCAGGAGAUGACUCAAGUUCCAUUGAGGGAAGCCCAGACACCUUUCCUCAGGUGAAGACUGGUCCCCAGCAUCUACACAGUGGAGGCACUGCCACCCUGCCUGCCAGAUUUCACAGUCAGCUGUCAGAAGGCAAAAUGGAUUCUUUCAGCAGUGAAUCUUCAAUCCAGGUAAGACACAUACAGAGCUCUAAUUUAAUACGCAAUUACAGGGGACAA